GCACGUUGGAUUAUUUACAUCGCGAGAAUGGCACCGAAAAACAGGAAAUUUUUCAAGAAAAAUUACUCAAAGAAGCCAAAUAAGCCCAAAUUCAAGGCGAAAAAGUACAAUCCGGACAAAAAUAAGACGAAAUUCAAGCAUAUCGCGCGAAAUCAAGAGGCGGAAGAUGUUUUGAAGCGCAUGAGAAAUGCCGAACUCAAGCGGGAGGAACGCCAAAAGCGAAUUGAAGAGGAUUCAGAGGCUUCGGAAGCGAGCGAUGUUGAGCCUGAUCCUUUUGAACAACUUUUGGAAUCGAUUUCUACCAAAAAUGGGGUUAACCAGAAAAGUCAAGUAAGCUCCGAUGAGGAUUCAAGUGCUGAGGAAAGCGAAAAUUUGGAUGAAAGUGAGGCGGAAAUGGAUCACGAAGCACAAAAUGAGGAUCCAGAAGACGAAAAUGAGGAUUUCGAAGAAGAAUCUGACGUUGAAAUGGGCGAAGAAGAAGUAGAAAACGAAGAAAAUGCGUCAGAAAAUGAAAAUUCAGGCAAUGAAGAGCAAGAAAAUGACGAUGCAAGGUCAGAAUCUUCAGAAAAGUCCGAAAAAGAGGAAGUUGAAACAGAUGUGAGUGAUUCCGAGAUUGAAGAAUACGAUGAAAAAACGAAAUCAAACGAAACUGAUGACCCUUUUGGCAUUCAUCUCGACAAUGAUCUCCCCGAAGGGCUUUUAGAUGCUGUGUCAAGUGCUGAAAAAAAUUUUCAAAGGACUCCUGUUGAUUGGAAAUGUCUUGGCAAGCUACUAUUUGAGAUUCCCCAAAGUAAAUCCGUUGACAAACCACGCCCUAAAGGCCUUAUCUCCUUGGAUGACGUCGAAGUUUUCGCAAAACCCGGAAAAGUGCCCGAAAUAAUCGACGAAAGUAGUUCGAAUCACAUAAAAAAUCAAAUUUGGAGCAAUUUUGGUAAAGCGAAUGAAGUAAAUUUGAAGGAAGGAGACAAAAAUUUCACGCCGCUGCAAAAAGAAUUGUUUUCCAUCAUCAAUAAUUAUCAAGAUAUUUACUUUCCGCAACGAAAUUUCAAUAAUGCUGAAGAAAUUCGCUUUAUUUAUUCGUUGCACGCCUUAAAUCACGCCAUGAAGACACGAGCUCGGGUGCUUCAUCACAACGCGCGUCUCAAUAAAUCCGCAAAAGAUGCUGCUGUGCCCGAUUUUUGCCGCGAUCAAGGUUUAACGAGACCAAAAGUGCUCAUUGUCGUUCCAUUUCGUGAUUCUUGCUACAAAAUUGUCAAUAAUUUCAUCGCGCUGUUCUGCAAUAACGACAAAAGUAAAGUCAUGAACCAUCCGAGGUUCGAAUCUGAGUUUACGGGCAACGAACUUUUCUUUCCGAAGCGAAAUCCCAAACCGGAGGACUAUGAAAAGAUCUUUGCUGGCAAUGUAGAUGACAAUUUUCGACUUGGCAUGUGCUUCACGAAGAAAAACAUCAAAUUGUACACGGAUUAUUACAAUUCCGACAUCAUUAUUGCCUCGCCGCUCGGUUUGAGACUGACAAUUGGAGCACCCGGCGAAAAAGAUCGCGAUUUUGACUUUUUGUCGUCGAUCGAGAUGCUGAUAAUGGAUCAGGCGGAGAUUUUUUACGCGCAAAAUUGGGAACAUGUCAUGCACUUUUUGGAUCACAUGCAUUUGAAGCCGGAAAAAAUGCUGAAUACGGAUUUUUCGCGGGUUCGAAGUUGGAUUUUGAGCGGAUUGUCAAAGUAUUAUUGCCAAACUUUGCUGUUUACGUCGCAUGAAUUGCCGGAAUUCAGGUCGUUGUAUAACAAUAAGAUGCUGAAUUAUCGAGGGAAAGUGAGGACAAUUAAUCCUGUUGAUGUUGGUUCGAUUCGACAUGUUGCUGUUAACGUGCCACAGAUUUUUCAACGAAUCGAAGUCUCAUCGCUUGACCAAUCGUUCGACGAACGCUUCAAUUACUUCACCAAAACAGUUCUGCCUCAAUUCAAAACCCCCACGAUGGCUCAUUGCUUGGUUUACGUGCCAAGUUACUUCGAUUACAUCCGCAUCCGAAACUAUUUCAAGAAAGAAGAAGUCAGUUUUGUCCAAAUUUCCGAAUAUUCGAAGGAUGAAAAGGUCGCUCGUGCUCGUGACAUGUUCUUCCACAGCUCAGCGCAUUUCCUUCUCUACUCGGAACGCGCGCAUUUCUUCAAACGAACACGCUUGAAGGGCAUCCGCAACAUUAUCAUGUAUGCUCCGCCAGCCUGGCCCCAUUUUUAUGCCGAAAUACUAAAUCUCAUGCACGAAAAUUACCAAAACUCGCGAGAUGGAUGCGAAAAUAGCAUGAGCGUGACUUUGUUGUACACGAAAUACGAUUUGAUGCAAGUUUCAGCGAUCGUUGGGACCGAAAGAGCAACAAAAAUGGCAAAAGUUGGCAAGACAACGCACAUGUUCAUGAAUGAUUAG